AUGGGCCUACUCCGUGCCACAGUCCACUCAACCUUCAACUCCAAAUCUAGCUUUCCACUAUGGUUACUCCUGCCCCUGCUGCUGAUAGAUGCCGCCUUCUGCGCAGUUAUUAUUUUAAGGGUCCCCUGUAGGUGUCCACUAUAGUUGGCCUAUGUGUGGCCUCUGCUCCGACAGGCCGGGGCAAGCAAGCUAACGACUUGGGGGGGGGGGGCUAGAUACCGAAAUCGACUGGAGAGCCUACAUGGAGCAAGUCUCGCUGUACCGUGCCGGGGAACGGGAUUACGCUAUGAUCAAGGGCGGGACAGGACCGUUGGUGUACCCUGCUGGGCACGUUUACAUAUAUAAUUACCUGUAUGGGAUCACGCGGGGCGGGGCGGAUGUGGGUUUGGGGCAGUGGGUGUUUAUGGGGGUCUAUUUGGUGACGUUGGGGAUUGUGGGCUUGUGUUAUCGGGAGGCUAGGGUAUUGUGUCUUCCUCCUUCCUUGGUUGUGGUCUUGAAGGUGUGUUACUGGUGGUGGGUUAACGAUGCCGUCGACAGGCUCCUCCGUAUCUACUGCCGUUCUUGAUACUUUCCAAGCGGUUGCACAGCAUUUACAUGCUCCGGCUGUUCAAUGAUCCUUUCUCGAUAUUGCUUCUGUUCUCGGCUGUUUUCGCAUGGCAGAAGAAGAUGUGGACGCUAGGUAGUUUGGCAUAUUCUUUAAGCGUGGGGGUUAAGAUGAAUACCCUGUUGGCAUUGCCAGCUGUCGGGGUUUUGUAUUUGCUAGCCCUUGGAAGGGAUAAGGCUCUCCGCCAAGCGGGGAUUAUGCUUCAGGUUCAGGUGUGUCUGUCUCCUCAUCCGGAGGUCUUGAGGGGAAGCGGUACUGAUCGCUCGAAAGAUCCUGCUCGCUACGCCGUUCCUUACAGAAUUCCCAAAGAGUUACCUUAUCCGCGCAUUUGAAUUCACCCGACAAUUCUUUUUCCAGUGGACUGUAAACUGGAGAUUCGUUGGGGAGGAGGUAUUCCUUUCAAGGGGUUUCUCUUUAGGGCUCUUGGGAUUACACGCCUGCCUCUUGGUAUACUUCCUGGUCACUCGAUGGUCAAAGUUUGCCCCCCCCCCUUCCCCUUGCUCCGGUAGAAUCGUGGCUGACGUGGCUAGACACUCGGGCCGCUCCUUCCCCGGUUUCCUGAACCUCCUGAUAACCCCCCAAGAAGGUCUCUCGGAAUACCAAAUGAACCAGUGCGUAACCCCCAGGUUUGUCCUCACUGCUAUUCUUGGAGCGAAUACAAUCGGCAUGCUCUGUGCUCGUAGCCUGCACUACCAGUUCUACUCAUGGCUAGCCUGGGGCACCCCCUAUCUUCUCUGGCGUAGCGGGUUUGGGCCCGGAUGGGUUACCGGGCUCUGGGCCGUGCAGGAGUGGGCGUGGAACGUGUACCCCAGCACAAACACUAGUUCGGGCACAGUGGUAGGUGUCCUCGCGGCGACGGUACUAGGGGUUUGGUGGGGGAGUAGAUUUAGGGAUGAGGAGGAAUUGUUUGUGGGGAAGCCCCGGCGGGGGAUGAAGAAUGAUGAGAAGAAGCUUAUCUGA